CCAGAUUCCAUCCAAAAAUAGAAAUUAAAUAUGGCGGCAAACGGGUGGUUGGAAUUGGAAAGCGACCCCGGGAUAUUUCUGCUACUCAUAGAAGAAUUUGGAAUAAAUGGUGUUCAAGUGGAUGAAAUAUAUGAUUUAUCCAAACCUAUCAAAGGGCACGUUUAUGGCUUUGUGUUUCUCUUCAAAUGGAACGAAGAACGUCGCUCGAGAAGGAAAGGAACCGUUCCUCUUGACGAGGCGUUUGUCGAGAGCGACGAUGUUGUCAACAAUAUGUUCUUUGCUCAGCAGAUUAUUCCCAAUUCUUGUGCCACGCAUGCGCUGUUGAGUGUUCUAUUGAACUGCGAUGAACUUCAUCCUGGCGAGACGUUGAGUAGACUGAAGGAAGAUACUAAAGGUUUUGACCCGGAGACUAAAGGUUACGCCAUUGGAAAUAUACCAGAGAUUGCCAUUGUUCACAACAAAUACGCGAGACCCAUUCACCGCAUCCUACCCGACAGUAAACCCGGAACAAACACUCUUUCAUCGGGCAAGGCCGGCGAGGCGUUUCACUUCGUUAGCUACUUGCCAAUCAAUGGGAAAUUGUUCGAACUCGAUGGACUUAAACCUUAUCCUAUAGACCACGGUCGUUGGAGAGAGAACGAGGACUGGACCGAGAAAUUCCGUAGAGUUAUCACCGAGCGCAUUGGUAUUGCAUCGGGUGAACCUUGCCAUGACAUUCGCUAUAAUCUCAUUGCUAUUGUGGCUGAUAAACGUCCCGAAUGCGAGAUGAAAUUGAAAACGCUAAAGGAAAAAAGGAAGAUUGUAUUGGAUACGCUGAACAAGGCUGGUCGUGGUGACUCCAGUACAGAUACGGCUUCCGAAGGUGAAACCGACCUCACCUCCGAACAUCCCGUGAAAAAAGCUAAACAUAAAUUAAGAAUCCCUUCUGGACGAGCCAAUCAUAAGGCGGGAAAAUCUUAUCACCGGAACUUUUCCCUUGACGUAAAAGUCGAUGCAGAAAUACCGGAAAAUGUACUACAGCAGUCGCUUUCCAUGCUUUCGGAUUCCAUAACACUGUCGUCAGAAACAUCACGCGAAGACGACAAAUCAAUCGUUGAAAAUUCUACGGAAAAUGCUCCCGGAAUUUUAGCCUGUAUGAACAACGACCCCACGAAAAAACCGCCUCUAGUUGAUACAUCCUCGAUAGGAAAUAUAACCAACCAAGAACCACAGAUGAAUCCUUCAGCUUCAGACAAUUCAAGUGACGUGAACGUAGAAAAGUUGGAUUUUAAGGCCAGUGCUCCCGUUUACUUCGAAAGAAAUGCAACAUUAUUUACAGAAGAUUCUAAGUAUUUUGCUGUUUUCCACGAGCAAGCAACGAUGGCAUCUUUGGACAUUCCAACGGAAGCGGUCGACGCGGCCAUGGGACUGGUAACCCGUGACGAACCGCCAGAUGCCCAGGAUUUGUACCUACUUAUGGAUGUGCUCAAUCAGGAGAUCAAUAAAUUUCAAACGGUUGUUUCAGAGGAGACGUACAGAAGACGAAAAUACAAGAUCGACCAUUGCCGAAGAACGCACGACUUCGACCCGUUUAUCUGUACAUUUCUUCGCAUGCUCGCAGAACAAGGACAUCUCGCCUCCUUAGUGGAAGAACAAUCGUCGGUCAAACGACAUUUGGUACAAUCGACUUCGAACAAAAAUUUGAAGAAAAAAAGUUAUAAAAAGAGAAAGCGUUGAAAUUGAAAUCGAAUGGGAAAAGUUCAGUAAUUUAGGUAUUUGAAUUGCCGAUGACAUGUCGUUUAGUAAAGUACCGGGGCCGGUUGCACGAAGCCUGGAUAGCAAUAUAUUUGAACGCUUCAAAAGUUUGCUUGAACAAUUGCAUGAUUUCAGCUGAACAAUCAAUAAAAUACUAUAUUUUGUUUCUAGAAUAACAAAGUUUCAUAAUCAUGUAGAAAGUAUAACCACCUUUUUCACAAGAUUGAAAAAUACUAUCCAAUGCACAACGAUAUCCAAGCUUCGAGCAACCUGCCCCUGGAUUGUAUUUUGUACAUUGUCUUAAAAAGAGCAAUUGCCAAGGUGAAAGGCAUGAAACCCGAGAAAAACCAAGAAACUCAAGGGAAAAGCGAUAAAAACUCAAGAGUAACCCACUAACCCGAAAGUGCUCUGGCGCUAAAACAGUUUUUUUCAGAACUCUUGGUUUUUCUUGGCUUUCAGGCCAUCCACCAUUGCAAUUGCUCUUUUUAAGACAAUAUUUGAAUUUGUUAGAUGGACGAAGUCUAUUUUAUCAUUUUGUGUAUAAUUCAAUUGAUGAAUUCAUCUAAUGAUGUGUCUUUAGAAGAUUAAAGAUUCAAGUUGUGAUCGUCACGUCUUGUAGACGAAAACAAUAGCUUUUGGUGUCCCUAUGGACUUUGUAACUUUAUCAUUUUAUCAUUAUUGAAAGCACGUUGUGAUAUAACAAAACAUUACAGCGAUAAAAACACCUUUUUAAUUAAGAAACGUUUUGUCACUCAUGCGACGUGCUUAUAAUACAUGGUUUUUUGCUCCUGCAAGCCACUUACACCAUUUUUUUUAACCAAUAAAAUCCUAUUCUUGAUUGCUUAGUAAGUUUUGCAUUUCAUACAUCUCUAACGCCACCAUUGCCUUGUUACAAUUAACAUCAACAAAAUUACUUACCCACAGUUCUAUCAAACAUAUCAGACGCUGUUUAAUUUGUUUCAUAGCUGCACAAAUUGAACUAAAAUAGCUUGAAAAUGAACAUAAGAUUAGACAUUAAAAAUACUCAUACGCAAUUAAUGCUCAGUAAUACUAGAAGUAACGAUACAUUUCAAUAAGGAGCCGUGCAACUGUAAUGGCGUAUGAUUCAAUAUUUCUCAUUGCGUGUAUAUGACGUCAUUGGGAAUAAAAAAAGAUGUGCACUAACUGUUUCAUAAAGUUCGCUGUCAUUUCUAAAAACAGUUUUAAAUAUCUAAAUACAGUUUUUUUCUUUCAUUGGGAACUUCAAAAUCUUGUAAAACUAUCAUCAACCAAUAGAGUCAUUGGAUAGUUGCACAGUCAUAGACAUUAAAUGUACCAAUUGAAAAAAAUGUAAAUAAAGUUUUUCUUUGCACACGAA